CGAUCCGCAGUUUCUAGCAAUUCCCGCAACCAACGCCAGAGUUCAGUCUGGUAGCUGCCAUGCGCUUCUAGCCCACUCCCCCGUCGCUUGCAUUCAAAGGUUGCAAUACUCUCCCUAUUUGCUUCUUGAAAUUCCAGGCGAAGCACAGGAAGUUCGAAAGUCAGCGUCCUACCAGCUCGACGGAAGUGAGUGACUCUUCACGGCUGCCAGUCCACCAUGGCCUUUCAAAACCCACGAGCGGAGAUGCCAGUUGAGGACCCAAAUUCCUCGUACGUUGCCUAUUCGUGCUUUGAGUUCCUCCUCAUUGAACUUGUACCGAUGGCGUACCGUAUUGCUGCCGAACAAGCGGAGCGCGAGCAGGUCCUUCUGGGUAAGAAGCAGCCAUUAUCAGUUGAUGAGGCAAGCGACGAUGCAAAGACACAUGACAAGCUCGAAACUGAGCGACAGAAUCGGCUACAGCGGGAUGCAGAGCUGACCAAGGGCUUUGGCAUCGGGGGGAUUGGAGGCAGCAUACAGGGACUAGACGAGGAGGAGACGAGGGAGAGAGUAUGGCAGAAGCUGGAUGCACUAGGAUACCGCGUCGGGCAGGGCCUCGUAGAGAGGUUCUCGAGGGACAAGGCGCGGUUUCAGGAUACGCUGGAUGCCAUCAAGUUUUUAUGCAAGGACCUGUGGACGAUUGUGUUCAAGAAGCAGAUUGACAAUCUGAAGACAAACCACAGGGGCAUCUACGUGCUUACGGACGCGAAAUUCCAUCCACUGUCCAAGAUCAGCCACGAGCGCGGCCGCGACGGUAUCAUACAACAGACCCAGCCAUUUCUAUACUUCCCGGCCGGCAUCAUACGCGGAGCGCUUGCUUCGAUGGGAAUUAAGGCUCAAGUGCAAGCAGAAUGCCAGGAACUGCCUGGAGCCACCUUUCAGAUUCGCACGGUCGGCGCAAAGCCUUGAGAUCCUUUGCUGUCGCUGCUUCGUUUGGUUGACGUGAAUGGUGCUCCACAGAUGUACAGCGUUCGCAAGCUCGAGCUGUCAUCAAUCGGACAGAUGGUCCGAAUCACGAUCACACGCGCAGACCUCAGGUCCACUGCUCUUCUGGACAGCCACGGUGUGAAUGCACAACGACCGAUGCCAUACGGGGCCAGCAAGUGCAGCGGGCACCAGCGGGAUCGUGGCACUGUGUUCGACGGAAGCCUGUGCCUCUAAGACAUGAACGGCGGGACGGUCAGGACAACGAGGUGCGAUUGCUAACUAUAAGCGUCUUGUGGACGGUUGCAGCUUGCCUAAUUUUGUCAUUGGAAUGGUGGAAAAUAGCUCUUGCGGCUGCCACCAUCGCCGCCAGCUUGAUUCUAUGUACUACUUCUGCAGGCACCGCGGCACACAACACUUGUGACCUCGUCGAGCUUUGCAGCGAUAGCACAUCGGUCAAUUGAGCGUACGCACUGUGCAACGACGGGUUCAGAACAGGGCUGGGUGGGCCGUUGAAGCGACGGGCGACUGGGAGCACCUCUUUUCAGAUACUAUUCAAGGAGGGACACGCACAUUUCAUGGACCGGAUGAUUGCGGAACAUCCGUUGCCCAUGUGGGAUGAUGAGUUGUAACAGCGCAAUGGCUCGCCCUUUCGCCCUUUUCUGCGAUGUCCAGCUUAGAGGAAUUGUCACGGCAGCAGAGGCGUGGGAUCGUUAGAGAAGACUAGGAAUAGAAUUUUCACAGUCAAUGCAUGUCCAGCCUUAAACAUAG